AUGGCAUUGCCUUCUUCGACUGUUAGUCUCAUUGCGAAUGCGACUUCUUCCGUUCUUGCUACACAAUCUACACCCGCUCAAGGCUCGCUCGACUCGGCCGGCGCAGGCAUCACAGGAGGGUACACCGGCAACUCUCUCAGUCUGAGAAUCAUCAUCGCCUUCCUGAUCGGCCUUGCGCUGUACAAUGCAAUCGAGCUCAUUGUCCUAAUCUUAGUCACGUUUCAAAAGUACCAUGGGACCUACUUCUGGUCGUUGGUUGUCGCCGGGUUCGGCGUUAUGCCAUAUAGUUUGGGGUUCUUAAUCAAGUUCUUUCAGUUGCUGGAUCCAGGGAAGAAUGUGUGCUAUGUGGCUGUUGUGUUGUUGACGGUCGGGUGGUGGAUGAUGGUCACGGGCCAAUCCGUCGUCCUCUGGUCGCGUCUCCAUCUCGUCACCAACUCACGUCGCGUCCUCCGCUACACACUCUACAUGAUCAUCGUCGACGCCGUCAUCCUGCACGUCCCCACCACUGUUCUGACCUUCGGAUCCAACUCGAACUCCCUCUCCUACGACGCGCUCGGCCGCUUCGUUCACGGCUACAACAUCAUGGAGAAGAUUCAAAUGGUCGGCUUCUUCCUCCAAGAACUCAUCAUUAGCGUCAUCUAUAUCAAGGAAACGCUGCGCUUGCUCAAGCUCUCGCAGAGCGUGCAGGAUGAUAUUACAAGUGUGACUGAUGGGGGUGCAGUCGGUGAAGGGCAGGUGAGGAAGACUAUGUAUCAGCUUAUCGCGAUAAACGCGAUAAUUAUUGCUAUGGAUAUCGCACUUUUGGCGGUCGAGUUUGCGAAUCUGUAUCUCAUCGAGACGACGCUGAAGGGUGCGGUGUACUCCAUCAAACUCAAGCUUGAGUUCGCAGUUCUGGGGAAGCUGGUGCAGAUCGUGCAUACGAAGUCGCAUAACAGCAAUGGGCAUGGGAGCGAUGAGCGUAGGGGAACGGCUACGGGGCUGAGCUUGGAGAAGAGCGACAGCGAGGGGAGUGGGCGAGUGCGGAGUGCAAGAGCGCAGGCUUGGCCGGAUUUUGUGGAUCCGAGGAGGGUUAGCUGCGACGUUACGCAUGCGGAGGCGAGUAUUGGAGGGGUGGAUAGAGGGUGGGACGAGGACGGCGAGGGUGAGAAGAGGAAGAGGAGGUAUAGGGCGCAUCGGAGGAGUUGGAUUGAUGAGGAAAUGGAUAAGCACAAUAUUGGGUGA